AUGUGUGAAGAAAAUAUUAGAGCAGUGGUGAUUGACAAUGGAUCCGGUGUGUGCAAGGCGGGUUUUGCUGGCGAAGAUGCUCCCCGCGCUGUAUUCCCAUCAAUCGUUGGACGACCUCGACAUAGAGGUCGUCCAGCUAUGAUUGGCAUCAAACAAAACGAUAUAUACAUUGGUGAUGAAGCACAAUCGAAGAGAGGUAUCCUCACGUUGAAAUAUCCGAUCGAACACGGUAUCGUGCAAGACUGGGACGACAUGGAGAAGAUCUGGCAUCACACCUUCUACAAUGAGCUUAGAGUGGGACCUGAGGAAUAUCCAGUUUUGUUGACUGAAGCACCACGCAACCCGAAAAGCAACCGUGAGAAGAUGACUCAAAUCAUGUUCGAAACGUUCAACACACCAGCCAUGAAAGGUGUCACUUUGUCCUCUCGAAAAUGCUACUCGAUUUCAGGAUACGCCUUCCCGCACGCCAUUCAACGACAUGAUCUGGCUGGACGUGACCUUACUGAUUACUUGGUGGAUAUGCUCGCGGAGCGUGGAUACCCAUUCACGACCACCGCUCAACGUGAGAUCGUGCGUGAUAUGAAAGAGAAACUGUGCUACGUAGCACUGGACUUUGAACAAGAAUUGAAAACCGCGCAGACAUCAUCCGCACUUGACAAGAGUUACGAAAUGCCCGACGGAAAGUUGAUCACGAUCGGCGAGGAACGUUUCCGUUGUCCUGAGGUUCUCUUCACACCCUAUUUAUUAGACAAGGAAGAUCGUGGUAUCCAUGAGACACUACACUAUUCGAUUAUGCACUGUGAUAUUGAUAUCCGAAAGGACCUUUAUGCCAACAUUGUAAUUUCUGGAGGUUAG